GACGUUGCUAAAACCCACAGAUUAUCUGCUCCUUAUCCAAAAUCUGUACGGAUAUUUUGUAGAUUUUGAAGAGUAAAAAUUGUUCAUCUUUGUAAAGCCAAGUGAAUUGGGUUUGUUACACGUGUUCAUCAAGAGAAAUAUAGAAAUGUCGUCGUCGACCGAUUGCCGUCGGAAGAGGAAUUCUCGAAGCCGGUGUGGUGGACCGAAAGCAGUAGCCGAAACACUAGCGAAAUGGAAGGAGUACAAUAAUAAAAUCGAUUCGUUGGACGAGAAAGCGAAGCCUGUACGGAAAGUGCCCGCAAAAGGGUCGAAAAAAGGGUGUAUGAAAGGUAAAGGCGGGCCCGAAAACUCGCGGUGCAAAUACCGAGGCGUAAGACAACGAACAUGGGGAAAAUGGGUGGCCGAGAUUCGGGAACCCAAUCGAGGGAGGAGGUUAUGGUUAGGGACUUUUGGGUCUGCGGUUGAAGCAGCCCGGGCUUAUGAUGAAGCGGCCCGGGUUAUGUAUGGGCCCUGUGCGCGCCUCAAUAUGCCCGAUUCUGGUUCGGGUCCGGGUUCGGGUUCGAUGAACGAGUGUUCGAAGAUGGGGUCUAAUGGUGCUUCUAGUUGUGAUUCGACCACAACGUGUAGUCACUCGGAGGAGAUUAUACCGUGGUCAAAUCGACAAACGGUUAAUCAGGAUGAAGGCGAGUCAAACAGCGGUCAACUGUUGACCAUGGUCAGACAAGAAGUUAAAGAAGAACCCAUUGAAGAAAAAGUUGAAAUGACAAAGGAUGUUGAUUUUCAAAAUAUGGAAGAGCUUACGGAAACGAUGGCGCAAAGGGACACAGGACCCCACGUAGAUCACGUGGGGUCCCUUGAGCCUCCUGAUGAGGCUGAGAACGAACCAUGUAGCCAAGAUGGUAGUGAGCCAACAUCUGGUUAUGGGUUCGGUUUCUCUAACCGAGAACCCCCUGAUGUGUUCAGGGGGCUCGAUGAUAUGCUUUGGCUUGAGCCAGCGAGACAAGACGGGUGUGGGGUUGUAGCGGAUUACGGGUUCGAUUUCUUGAAGCCGGGGCGGCCCGAAGAGUGCAACUUCACAUUGGAAGAGUUGGGGUUCAAUUUGGGGGCUGAUUUUGGUGUGUGAGCAGAGACAAGAGUGAAACAUUACUAAUUGUUUACAUGUUUUUUAAGAAUUUUUAGGCAACAUAUUGAUAAAGUUGGUGUAUUGUAGGUGGAACAAAGAUAC